GUGGAAUACCUAUGUGGGACAUGAGCCCAGCGCAUAAAACUGGCCCGUUCUCCGGCGUCUCGCCAGCUCAAAGUGCCACGACUCAAUUGAAAUAAAUAGGAAUCCCAGACGGAUUGACUGAGAAAGAGAAUUUGCGGAAAUAGCAGCAUAUUUAUCGCCAGAUUGAAGGAAAUUCCACAACAAAAUCCGAACUUCUUCAACCGCCUCCAAAAGUGGUGUAGUUACAUCAGCAGAUAUAUAUUUAAAAAAAGAAGGACAGCUAACCUGUCAUAGUGGUCAUCAUGGAUCUAUAUGACCCUCAGACGCUAGGCAUCAUGGUAUUUGGAGGCUUCAUGGUCAUCUCAGCCCUCGGUAUCGUUCUGGUCUCCACCUUCUCCAUGAAGGAGACCUCAUAUGAGGAGGCGCUGGCCAAGCAGCGCAGAGAGCUGGGUAAGACGGCGCCUCUGGGACAGCUGACCAAGAAGGACAAGAAGAAGGAGAAGGCGUCUGAGAAGAGGAACCGGGGUAAGAAGGAACACAAGCCUAAUGGGAAGCUUCCAGAAUUAGAACUAGAGGAUAUCCCAGUGGCCGAGCCUGAACUAGCCCCAGAACCCGUUUCUGCCCCCGAACCUGCCCCUGAACCUACCCCUACCGCUGCUCCCGAACCAACCGCUGCUCCCGAACCAACCCCUGCUCCAGCUCCCCCCGUUGUAAAGGCCUCCCCUGCUCCAAAGAAGAAGAAAGAGAAGAAGAUGAUGGCUAAGGUUGAGCCAGCCCUGGCUGCUCCUGCCCCAGCCCCCAUGGCCCCCUCCAAGCCCGCCCCUGCCGCACCAGCCCCCAUUGCCCCCUCCAAGCCCGCCCCUGCCGCACCAGCCCCCAUUGCCCCCUCCAAGCCCGCCCCUGCCGCAGCAGCCCCCAUGGCCCCCUCCAAGCCUGCCCCAGUCCUGGAGGCUGUCACCAAGGAGGUCCCUGUGAUGGCAGUGCCCCCGGUGGGCUCCCAGCGGACUGCAUCCAAGGCUCAGGAGACAAAGGCACAUGACCUUUCCAAGAAGAAGGCGUCCUCCAAGAAGAAGACGGAGUCUGGUUCCCCCCUGUUCCUGCCCUACAAGGCCCUGGUCUCUACCGUUAGCAGUAUGGUCUUCAGUCAGGGAGAGGCCCAGCACCUCCUAGAGAUCCUCUCUGACAAGGCUGGCAUCAGACAAGACACCUGGCACAUGGCUACUCAGAAGGGCGACCCAGUGGCUGUGAUGAAGAAACAGUUGGAGGAGAAUCAGAAACAGCUCACUACUCAGCAGGAGGAUGCUUCUGCAGCCAAGAACAGACUCCGGGAACUCAGCAGGGAGCUCUCUGCUGAGAAGUCCAAGGUAGCCAGUGUGGAGACAAGGCUGAGUUCCCAGCUCUCGUCCAGGGAGCAGGAGAUGAUCGCCCUGCAGGCUCGUAUGCAGGCCUCCUACCAGGACCACGUAGCCCAGACACAGAAACUCAACGCCAAGGUCCUCAGUCUUCAGGAGCAGUUGGAGUCUGGUCCCACGGCCCAGCUGACUCGUCUGCAGCAGGAGAACUCUAUUCUCAGAGACGCACUGAACCAGGCCACAAGCCAGGCAGAGAGCAAACAGAAUAGUGAGCUGGCCAAGCUGAGACAGGAUUGUGCCAAACUGACCAAGGACCUGGGGGAGAAGAGUGUAAGCCUUCAGACUGAUGAGAUCAUCAGGACUGGACUGGAGGCCAAGGUGUCUUCUGUAGAGAAACAACUGUCUUCACUACAGGUCAGUCAUGCUGAGAGUGAACAGGAGCUGCAGAGGAGGCUGGAGGAGGUCAGUGAGGAGUUGAGGAGUUCUCAGAGGAAUCUGGAGAAAGCCCAGCAGGAUGCUACCACCCUCUCAGAUCUUCAGGUCCAUCUGGGCAGUGUAACGGAUGAUCUGAAGGAACGUGGGGCCCAGGUGGAGGCCCUCACAGCCCAGCUGGAGCAGACUGCGCUGGAGAAGGGACAGCUGGAGGACCAGGUGGGAUCCAUUAAUGUUCUUCUCGAGGCCAGCCAGAACAGAGACGAGAAUGAGGACUUGGAGAUGUGGAGUUGGGCUUUUCUCAACAACACCAAUCAUUUCUCUUCCAGUCUUCAAGACCGAGACGGUCAGCUGGCGUCACUCCAAGAGGAGCUGAAGCAGUUCAGAGAAAUGAAACGGGAGGCAGCUGUAACUGCCGAGGUCACUACAGCGGAGACGAGCGCAGGCACCGCGAUGUUCUCAAGGAAGAAUCUGAUCAAGCUACUCAAUGGUCUGGAGAAGACGGAGAGCCAAGAAGCAUCGCUAGAAGAGGAAGGGAUGCAACUCAAAGAAAAAUCUGAACAGGCCCAGAGUAACACCACUCAGUCUGACAACACAGCAGAACUGGCCGCGCUACAGACCAGUCUGGCAGAGAGAGAAGAUAUGAUGAAAUCACUACAAGAGGAGCUAAGGGAAGCCAGGGACCAAUCACAGAAGGUACAGGAGAUCCUCGCUCAGGUCCAGCAGAGCCAAGAGUCCCAGCCGAGCACAGAGCUGCCGGAGCUGUUGGAGAAACUGAAGGAGUCAGAGGACAGCCACGGGACACUGCAGGCACAGUGUGACCAGUACAGGACAGUCCUGGCUGAAACGGAAGGAAUGCUGACGAACCUUCAGAAUAGUGUUGAGGAGGAGGAGCUGGUGUGGAAGUCCAAGAUGGCCGACUCUGAGGACCAGUUGAAGAAGGCCCUGGAACAAGUGCACACUCUGGAGGAGACUGCAGAAGACAGGAAGACAGGAAACCAAAGCAUAGAACAGCUGAAGGAGCAGGUGAUGCUUCUGGAAGCCCAGUUGGAGAAACAGUCUGAGACAGAGGACGAAAUGGCACAGUUGAAGCAGCUGCUGUCAGAGUCUCAGAGCCAGCUGGAGUCAGCCCAGACGCAGGCCCAGACGCAGGCCCAGACGCAGGCCCAGACGCAGGCCCAGACGCAGGCCCAGACGCACAGGGAAGAGCUGGCUACGGUCAGAGGUCAGCUGAGCGAGGCGACGGAGCACGCUCAGAGCCAGAAGGCGGUCCCUGAGGCCGGGGCACAGAACGGCCCAUCAGAGCCCGAGGUCCAGUCCCAGUUGAGUCAAAUCACACAGGAGUUUGAACAGGCUCAGAAGACUGUAGAACUCCAGGCUCAGAAGACUGUAGAACUCCAGGCUCAGAAGACUGUAGAACCCCAGGCUCAGAAGACUGUAGAACCCCAGGCUCAGAAGACUGUAGAACCCCAGGCUCAGAAGACUGUAGAACCCCAGGCUCAGAAGACUGUGGAACRCCAGGCUCAGAAGACUGUAGAACUACAGGCUCAGCUGGAGAUGCUGAAAGAGACAGGAGACUCCCCACAGGCUGGCACAGAGGACGUAGCCCAGCUAGAGGAAGAGAGUUCAGGACUGAAGGAAGGAACAUCUGUUUAAGAGACUGAAGACGUGACACUAAAACAUGAUUAUCAUAGUUAUGCAUUCCGAAGCGGUUAGUUCUUGUACUGUAGUAGUUGAUUGCUGCAACGCCUAUAAGAAUCUAAAGGCCAGUUUCCCYGACKCUGWUUAAGCCUAUUCCUGAACUAAAAUACAUGCUCAGUGGAGAAUCUCCCUUAAAGAAACGUGUUAGCCAGGGACUAGGCUUAAUAUGUGUCUGGGGAAACCGGCCCAAAAAUGUUUCUGGGUCGUUCCACCAAUUCGUUGCCUUUAUCAGAUUUUUUUUUUUUUUAUACGUUCUGUCAUAAAGAGAACAUGUUCAACUUAAUAAAAAUGCUUUCCCAUCUCGAUGUUAAAUAAAAAGUGCCAAAUAAAGUAACAGGGUUGACUGUAACAGGGUUGACGAUUUCAUCUUAAAUCAGGGGCAAUUGAGGGGGYAAAAAUGAAAUUGUGAAACCAUACCUAGCCUGUCUAUAUAUGGAUAACGUGUUUUGCUCGACCAACUCAGUUUUCCACCACAAAACACCAGAAAAUGUUUUGUGGUGGAAAAUGCUGAGUUUUAGCACUUUAGCAAAGUCUUAUUCAUAUAACAAAAAUGAACUCGGUGUUCUACUAAAGGGUGCUUCAUUGAAUAUAACAGGUCUUUUAAAAUUCAACAUUGGUGUAGAAUUCCUACUUAAAAUGUCAAAGGGAUGCAAAACUCACUCGUUUCGUGGAACGACCGAUCUGAUCUAGGAUGAGGAAAAAGAUACUAUGCUGCAAACAGAACGUUGAAGACAAACCUACAUCAACGAUUCUGGCCAUGUCAGGAAUGAUACCUAAGACUAGCUCUGGUCCAGGGCAUUAGUGCGCUUUCCUCCACUACGCCCUGUAUCGAUAUUGAUCACACGAACGCCCUGGACCAGAGCUAACCAACUCUGCCUUAUAGUCACAAUGAAAGCUCUCUCCCCAGAGUCCACAGUGUUAAAAGGGAGAACGAUUGUGUGUUUUUAAAACGUACAUCAACCUGUGCAAUUACUUUGUGCACCCUAUUCUCCUAUAUUGCACACUACUUUUGACCAGAGCACUAUAGGGGAAACCUUAUGGGCCCUGGUCAAAAGUAGUGCACUAUAUAGAGAAAAGAUGCAACUUUGUGUCUUUUGUAAAGUGGUUGGGAUGAAUGAUGAGAGGAAGUUAUGGUACACAAGAUGGAUGCAAUACAUUAAGUGCCUCCUUCAGUACUGUGUUUUACAGUAGCUGGCUGCCAACACAAUGUGUGAAUUUGAUAAAGAAUAAAAAUACAAUSUAGUGUU